AUGUUUCUAGGAAAAAAACUGUGCUUUUUUUUUUCUGUGACGUGCUUCCUAGCCCUGGCAGAGAGCGAGGAAGUCCUCUGCAGUGUUAACGGCGUGAGGGUGCUCAAUAAAGUGAGCGAUAAGUUUUUGAGCGUGUCCAUAGAUCCGGCCAUUUUAUUCAACGGUCUUAACCUAAGUGAGGCGUCCUUACUGGCUAAAUAUCUAAGCCCCGCCUACGUCCGUCUGGCGGGUCCGUCGACGCGACUGGUCAGGUACCAAGACCAAUCGUUUUACUCGGAUACCGAACAAGUAAAAAACGGCGUUAUCACACCUUCGAUAUGGCUUGGCGUCAACCAGUGGUUCGAUUCGACCGAUCUGACGCCGGUAUUCGGGAUCAGUGACGUCGACGUGAAAUCCGACGGCUCGUGGGAUCCCACACCAACGUUGCCACUGUUUGACGUCACGAACGAGCUCGGGUUUGACUGCCACUGGCAGCUAGGUUACGGUGAACCCGCGGCCGCCAGAUAG